UCCAGCUCAAGAAGCGAGUCAUUGUCAAGCAGUGGACACACUUUCAUCAUCUCUGAACGAAACAUUCUUGUUUUUGUUUUUCCCUGUGAGAAGAGCCUUUGAAAAUGUUCAUCAACAUCACCAACUUCUUUGGAAACGGCAGCUCGUCCGGCAGUAGCUGGAAGGCCUGGCUGAAGUACAUUUUACAACAAGAAAAAGAUCUUAGCCUCUCAAAAGCAGCCCUUGUUCAUCAAAAGGGCUCUGUAGCUGCCUCUACCAACGGCUUUAACCUCAAGUCAUCAGACAUUAAGGCGCUGAAGGACUGUUUUAGUGAUUGCCCCCCUGACACCGUCAGAUUCAGUGACAGUACGUAUGCCGUGAAGAGCGUCAACGCUAGACAGUUGGUAGCAUUCAUGGGUCAUCACUAUCUCAUCGUCAGCCGAACCUCGAAAAUGUUCGUCAUCGCCACGUGUGACUCCAGGCACACGUACGGAAUGGCCGCUGGCUGGAUCAACAAAAUCGCCACGAAACUGACGGAGAAAAACUUCUGACAUUUCCACAUGAUCACGAUGGUUGUUCUCUACGCCUUUCCCUAAAGGCGUCCGGAAAACUUGCGAAAGAAAGCCAGCCAAUCGGAUCCACUGGCUACGAUGAUGUCACUGACCGGAAAUGAAGGGUAUUUGAUCGGCAUCGAUAGAAUCUGAAGGUCAGCGGGAAGAGACCAUGCUCAAGAUUUCGCCAAGUUUGUUACAAAGAGAAACCUCUGAGACAUCAGUUGUCCAAAGUCAACUGCCCCAGAGACAGCUGCAACGGCGAGGAGCUAAAUGGUUCCAAGGCAGAGAAACUGAUCAAGCCAGAGUGGGUGUGAAUAUGUCCCGUGAACCGCUGAUCAACAUCAUCAUUACGAAAAUUCUUCUCAUCAGAAGAUCAUAUGGAUCCUGUGGACACAUCUGAAGAUCAUGUGGACAAACCUGAGCAUCACGUGGAUGAUGUUCAUGAUCUCGUGGACGAACUUGAAGAUCAUGUGAACGAAUCUCAUAGUUUACCUCAUCGGACUGAGGGAGACUGACUGAGUAACACGUAAAGAUGAUACACGUGACAUUGAGAGUGAUUUGUCGAUCAGACUGAUAAUGUUUCAAAUCAACAACGGACAAACGAAACAUCUCCUGUUGCUAAAUAAUAAAAGAAAUAAACGAUCUCGUA